AUGGCGCCACGUGAUGCACAACAGAGAGCAGGCCGCUUUUCACACUUUGGACUUCUUUAUGCCUUCGGAUGGUUUUACAUCACGCCCCGGCGUGCGCACAUCUACAACUAUUAUCCCCUUCAUCUCAAUAAAAGUUUCCACUAUGGGACAGAGAUUGGACCAGAUAAAUGGGCCGUGCUG